AUGGCAAAUCGAGGCUAUGAUGUGGUAGUCGGUGUCGAUGCCGAGGGAGACCUCGGGCAUACCGACCUUCAAGAGGACCUUGAGUUCCACCCAUCCAAUUUCGAAAACGACCAACGCAGCUCUAAAAUCCAACCGGACUCCGCUCCCUUCUUAGGCGGAGGCCAAUCCUCCCGCGGUGGUCGCCAUAGUCGUACUCCCAGCGCCAGCGCACCCUCCAAGCUCCGUCUGUGGUCGAUCCAUUACUACUCGCAAUUCUUCGACGUCGACACAAACGAAGUCAUCCGUCGCGGUGCAGCAGCUCUGUACCCACGGACCAACUUCCUCGAUGUUCUCGAUGGUAAUCCGGACCUGUACGGCCCCUUCUGGAUCGCAACGACCGUGGUCGUCAUCCUCUUCUUGACCGGUACGAUCUCGCAAUAUCUGUCCAACACGAGUAGGAAGCACUUUGAGUAUGAUUUCCGACUGCUCUCUGGUGCGGCUGGCUUGAUUUAUGGUUAUACUGGCGUUCUUCCUGUCGCGCUGUGGGGGUUCCUACGGUGGUCCGGUAGCACGAGCGCGGAUCUUAUCGAGGCCUGGGCGCUGUAUGGAUAUGCGAAUAUUGUCUGGAUUGCAGUUGCGCUGGUCAGUUGGAGUCCGCUGACGGCGCUCAAUUGGGCCCUUGUUGGUGUGGGAUUUGGCUGGUCUGUUUUCUUCCUUUUGAGGAAUCUGUACCCCGUCAUCAUGGCGACGGAUGCGAAGAGAAGUAAGAUCUUGCUUGUUCUGGUGGUUGUCCUUCACGCGGGGUUGGCGAUUGCGAUUAAGAUCCUGUUCUUUGCGUAA